AUGGCUACAGGUAGGAAUACUACAACAGUGACCAAGUUUAUCCUUCUGGGAUUCAUCGAGCAUCCAGAGCUUCAGGUCUUCCUCUUUAUGUUGUUCCUGGGAAUCUACCUCAUGACUCUAGCUUGGAACCUGUUCCUCAUCAUCAUCAUCAGGAUUGAUUCUCAUCUCCAUUCCCCCAUGUACUUCUUCCUCAGUAAUUUAUCCUUUGUUGACAUUGUGUACACUUCCUCUAUUGCCCCCAAGAUGCUCUAUGAUUUCUUCAAGGAACAAAAGACCAUCUCCUUUGUGGGCUGUGCUGCUCAGCUAUUUGUCUUCAUCGAGAUGGGGGGUGCUGAGUGUUGUCUCCUGGCUGCCAUGGCAUAUGACAGAUACAUUGCCAUUGCCAACCCACUGCUCUAUGCAGCUGUCAUGCCCCCUUCCAUUUGUGUGAAGAUGGCUGUGGCAGCACAUGUUGGGGGAGUCUUUACUGGCUUGGUCCAAACAAGUUCUGUAUUCCAACUCCACUUCUGUGGGCCAGAUGUAAUUAACCAUUUCUUCUGUGAUAUUCCUCCCUUGUUGACCCUCUCCUGUUCCAGCACUCUUCCUAGUCAAGUGGUGAACUACACUGUUGUAUGUAUGGUUGGGGGGACAUCAGCCACCAUUGUUUUGGUCUCCUAUGCUUAUAUCAUUGCAACGGUUAUGAAGAUCCAUUCAGCCAGAGGACGGGCAAAGGCUUUCAACACCUGUGCCUCUCAUCUGAUAGCUGUGGUACUCUUCUAUGGCUCUGGCCUCUUUGCCUAUCUCCACCCUAGUUCCAGGUCCUCACUAAACCAAGAUAAAGUGGUGUCCAUGUUCUAUGGAGCUGUGAUCCCCAUGUUAAAUCCCAUCAUAUAUAGUUUGAGAAACAAGGAGAUCAAAGAUGCAUUGGAGAAACUCAAGGAGAGGAGAAGACAGAUGUCCAGGUGUGCCCUCUUUCCUUAA